GUUCUCCUCAACCGUAGAUAUUGUUUGUAUCUGAAGUAUCAGCAAAUCACAGUCCAGCCAAGUACAAAACCGAACAGAGGAACAUAAAACAAAAAAUUUGAACAGACGCCCCCCGCGUUGUGCAUUUCGCAUUGCGACUCAAUUGUACAGCGGAAUCCGAUGUUGGCUUACCGGAAUCUAUAGGAAAACGGGCGAUUUUUCGGAUCGGACCCGGCUGAUAUCACUACAGUAGCGGUGGCUGGAUCUUUGGCCAAAUAAAGCCUCUGCUCUGGUCAAUUUUAUUAUUUUCCCGUAGAUUUUCUCUGUCUGGCCUUUUUUUUAGUAGUAAUCUGCUGCUAAAAGUUUAUUGUAGAAUGGCUCCAAAACUUGACAUUGCUUGGGAACAUGCCACACCAUUUGAAGGUAACAGAAAACUUCCACAAUGCAAUUACUGCCGCAAAAUCAUAGAUGGGAUUACACAAUUAAAACGACACAUUGCACAUGCACCUGGGACUGCGGAACCCUGUCCAUCAGCUCCAAAAGCAGUUUCACAUAUGUUGAUGAGAAAUCUUACAAAGGGAAGAAAAAAAGAAACACUUUCUGAUGUUUUCGAAAUGGAAGGAAAUAGGUAUAUGCAAGCUAAGCUUUGUGGAGAUGAGAGUAGUCACAUGGAUGUUGAUUAUUCUGGGGAUGAGGGAUUGACGGAGCUUGAAAAGUUCUACCUUAAACAAGCCAUGGAAGAGAGUCGUCAGACAGCUCGUUUGGAGGAAGAGCAAAGGAAAAAAUUCGAUUCCGCAGUUUUUGAAAUCAUGACACCUUCAACUGGUAAUGAUAUUGCUGGUCCUUCAAGCAACUCAACUUCCAAAACAAAGCGUGGGCACUCUUCCAGAAGCACAAAAAAGAAGGCACAAAUUGUUGAGCUGCAAAUUGAGGAAUUGGAAAAAGAAUUGAAUCUCCAAAAACAAAAGGUAAGUGACCUUGAACAAGAAAAUCUGCAGUUGAAGAAGCAGAUGCUCCAUAUGCAAGAAGAAUUACAGCAGCCUAAAAUGCCUGAAGAAAAGAAUCUCGGUGUCCAUGAACUUGAAGCCUUGCUUUUUCAGAAGGAAACGGAGAUAAAUGAAUUGAAAGAAAAACUAGCUGAGAAAGAUGAUGAACUUCAUGAUGCGGAAGAUCUAAACCAGACUCUCAUGCUCAAGGAGCGCAUGAGUAACACUGAAUUGCAAGAAGCUCGCAGGGAAUUGAUCAAUGUUUGGCCUGACCUAAUGAGUACAGCAAAAGUUGUGAUAAAGAGGAUGGGUGAGAUCGAUCAGACACCUUUUCAAAAUGUCUGCAUACGUAAAUUUGGUCAGCAUGAUUGGGAGGUGAAAGCUACCAAACUGAGCUCUUGGUGGCAGGAGAUGGUGAACAACCCGAACUGGCACCCUUUCAAAACAAUAGAGAAAGAUGGAAAAUUGCAGGAAGUAAUAAAUGAAGACGAUCUAGCCUUGAAAGAACUGAAAUACCAAUUGGGUGAUGCACCAUAUAAAGCUGUCAUUGCUGCCCUGUUGGACUUAAACGAGUACAACCCUAGCGGGCGAUACAUAACUCCAGAGCUGUGGAACCUUAGUGCUGGAAAAAAGGCUACUUUGCAGGAAGCAGUGAAAUGCAUGAUUCAGCAGUUGAAGAAGUCCUCCCGAUAUCCCUGUUGAUCCAUCCCCAGCAUCUAAUCCAGUGUUUUUAGCAUAUGUGAAUAUCCAUCAUGGGUUAGAGUUCAAUAUCUCUUUUUGCUGUAUUUGCCUAAAACUUUUAGCAUAUGCACAUAUAUGAAUGUUUUGUGGAGUCCCACUCCAAUUUUCCAGUUAGGACUCUAUUGUAUUCAACACAGAGAGCAUUCCUGUAUAAAUUAAUGUGUCCCCCAAAUUGUUGACCAUGCAAAUUGUUAGAACAUAGAACAAUAUAUUUUAUAAAAAAAAGUAUCAUAGUGCAUAACAAGUAUAUCUUUUUC